GCCGCCGCGGUGGCGGUGCUGAUGGUGCUGCUGCUGGUCAUCCUGAUCCCGGUGCUGGUCAACUCGGCCGGGACCUCGGCCCGCUACGAGAUGCUGGGCACCUGCCGGAUGGUGUGUGACCCUUACGGCUCCAAAGCCACCACGGCGGCGGCGGAGACGGUGAGGGACCACAGCCUGAUGCCUUUGCCCACCUUCAUCCAGGGACCCAAGGGGGAUCCCGGGCGCUCGGGGAAGGCCGGGCCCCGGGGACCCCCCGGGGAACCCGGGCCGCCUGGCUCGGUGGGGCCGCCGGGAGGGAAAGGGGAACCGGGGAGACCGGGGUUGCCGGGUUUACCGGGACCUCCCGGGCCCAAUGCGGGGGCGAUCAGCGCCGCCACCUACAGCACGGUGCCCAAGAUCGCCUUCUACGCCGGCCUGAAGAGGCCCCACGAGGGCUACGAGAUGCUCAAGUUCGACGACGUGGUCACCAACCUGGGCAACCACUACGACCCGGGCACGGGCAAGUUCACCUGCUCCAUCCCCGGCAUCUACUUCUUCACUUACCACGUCCUGAUGAGAGGGGGAGACGGCACCAGCAUGUGGGCGGAUCUGUGUAAGAACGGCCAGGUUCGAGCGAGUGCCAUUGCCCAGGACGCUGACCAGAACUAUGACUAUGCCAGUAACAGCGUGGUGCUGCACCUGGAUGCAGGAGAUGAAGUCUACAUUAAACUGGAUGGUGGCAAGGCACACGGCGGCAACAACAACAAGUAUAGCACCUUCUCGGGAUUUAUAGUCUACGCAGACUGAGGGAAGAAGCGAGCAACAGAAAGAAGCAACCAAAUCAAAUCACCUCCUGCGUGAGCGACUGAGGGUGGGCUACCCGCGGCCUGGCCUAAACAAACAAAAAACACAAAUGGCCGGUCGCCAGAUGUGCUCCGUACUUCUGGAUAUAAUCAGCCGUUGUUUUGUUUUUAAAGCUUUUUGAAACAUACUUGCGUACCUCGAAAAGACCAUGCCCAUGUCAAUUGGUUCAGUUUGGGUUAGUGCGCCCAAAACAAU